UCUAUCGGUGAUACUUUAUAAAUAUGAAAAUCGGCAGCAGAAAUAUUGGAACUGGGCAUCCGGUGUUUGUUGUAGCCGAGAUUGGACAAAAUCAUCAAGGGUCGUUGGAAAUUGCUAAAGAAAUGAUUGUAAAGGCGAAGGAAAUUGGUGUUGAUUGCGUAAAGUUUCAAAAGUCUUGUUUAGAAGCAAAAUUUACAAAGCAGGCAUUAGACCGAUCGUAUUCGGGCAAGAACUCAUGGGGACGCACUUACGGAGAGCAUAAGGAACACUUGGAAUUCACGAUAGAAGAGUACGAAACAUUGCAGCAGUUUUGCUCCGAAGUUGGAAUUCUAUUCAGUGCAUCCGCAAUGGAUCCGAUUUCGUUGCAGCAAUUGAAGCAGCUACAAUUGCCGUUUAUAAAGAUUGGUUCCGGUGACGCUGAUAACAUUCCUUUGAUAACGGAGGCUGCUGCGUUAAACGUUCCUUUGAUUGUAUCUACUGGUAUGCAAUCGUGGAAUCAAGUAGAACGAGUCUAUUCUAUUCUUCGGAACCAAUCGAUGGCUCUUCUGCACUGUGUUUCUGCCUAUCCAACUCCGCCAUCUGAUGCUGUGCUUAAAAUGAUUCCAUUGUACCGAGAACAUUUUCCCGAUGUCGUGAUUGGGUACUCUGGUCACGAACUAGGACUGCAGCUCAGUGUCGCCAGCGUCCUUUUGGGUGCUUGCAUUAUCGAGCGACAUUUUACGCUGGAUAAAAACUGGAAAGGAACAGACCACAAGGCAUCGUUGGAUCCGACAGAAUUUAGCAAAUUGAUUGAGUAUAUAAGAUCAGUAGAGAAUCUUUGUGUUCAACCGAAUAUGGAAGACAUUCUGAGUGUUCUUUCUAAGGUACUGAAGGAUAACGAAAUAAAUCCAGAUGAUCUUAAAGAGGCUCUGAAACCUGUCACAAUUGCGGAUAGAAAACUGCUGCUUUCAGAAAUACCAUGCUUUCAGAAGCUUGGCAAGUCUUUAGUAUAUAAGAAUGAUUUUACACGGGGACAUGUCUUAACUAGAAAUGAUAUUAACGUGAAGGUUAGUGAGCCUCACGGUAUAAGGCCGGAGUUCUUAGCAAGUGUUCUGGGGCAACGGGUCGUCCGCUCAUGCUUUCGAGACGAGCCAAUUAUGGAGAGUGAUCUUAUGAAAGAUGAUACUAAAAAUAAUUGAGGUUUUUAUCUUAUUUAUAGAGCCAUAAGAAGCAUUUAAUAUCCUCGAAUAUUUCCCAAAAUAAUAUAUGAACUUUUAUUGUAACUGAUAAUUCAAUAAAUCAGAGAGUUGUAUUUAUUGAAGUUCGACAAAGAAGUCACGUUAAUUCAGAUUUCGGCGAAAAUUUGUGAGUUUGGUGAAAUAACUAGUUUAAGUAAAUUGAACAUGCGGAAUCAAGAUAUGAAAAUCAAAGUUCAACGGUUCGAUAUCAUUCUACAAUAAAAUAGAAACUGAAACAAAGGUUACAACGGUCAGCAAUUGAUAUAUUCGGAUGUAAUAAUCACUAAACUGCUAUGUUAGGGCUGACAUUCAAUGUUUGUAUUGAAAUAAAGUGUAUAAAAUUAUGUUUUUAA